AUGACAAUGGUCUCUGCAAUGUCUUGGGUCCUGUAUUUGUGGAUAAGUGCCUGUGCAAUGCUGCUCUGUCAGGGGUCUCUUCAUCACACUUUCCAGCAGCAUCACCUGCACAGACCAGAAGGAGGAACGUGUGAAGUUAUAGCAGCACACAGAUGCUGUAAUAAGAAUCGAAUUGAGGAAAGAUCACAAACAGUAAAAUGCUCCUGCCUCCCUGGGAAAGUGGCCGGGACAACACGAAACAGACCUUCCUGUGUCGACGCUUCUAUAGUGAUUGGGAAAUGGUGGUGUGAAAUGGAGCCCUGCUUAGAGGGAGAAGAAUGCAAGACAUUACCCGAUAAUUCUGGAUGGAUGUGUGCAACUGGCAAUAAAAUCAAGACCACCAGAAUUCACCCAAGAACCUAA